AUAAAAAACUAAUAUUAACAUGUCAAUGUCAUUUUUCGAUUUCAGUUUUGUCAACAAAAGUGGUCUCUGAACAAGUCAAACGUGUUUUUUUCAAUCAGUGUGCACUAAGCAAUGUUAUUUUAAAUAAAAGAAACUGUAUUACGAGAAGAGACAACAAAUACUUAUCAUGGAUUUCAUCAUUGAUACUGUAGGUGAUGAAGACCUACAGGUGAAGUCGGAACUUCUUAGUGAGGCAGAGAAAUCUUAUUUUGUAGAUGCAGAAGACCGAAAUAGGGCAAUAUUGGACUUGUUUGAUAAAAAAAAAGAACUUGAUCAAAAAGUAGAGGAAGAAGAAGAAAUUCAAAAGAAAUUAAAAAAUAUUAAAAUUGAUAGUAUGUUUGAUGAUUUUUUUGAGGAAAUUGGCUGGACAAGAUCACAUGUAAUGAAAAAGAUUUCAAAACCACCAUUAUUCCACUUUGAACAGUUGGAUAUUGAGUCGGGGAAGUUGAAGUCUAAACUGGGAACUGUUGAUGUGGAAAAGGAAAUGAAGAAAUCUGUCCUGAAACCAGGCUUGGAGAAGGAACACAGUUUACCAGCAUACUAUGUCAGCCAAAAGAAAUUGAAAGCUAUAAGAAGGAGAGAAAGAGAGAAGACUAAAGGACCAAAAUGGUUCAACUUGCCAGCACCUGAAGUGACUGAAGAAUUGAAAAAUGACCUCCAAGUUCUAAAAAUGAGAUCAGCAUUGGAUCCCAAACACUUUUACAAAAAGAAUGAUAUGGAAGUACUUCCGAAAUAUUUCCAAGUUGGGCGUAUCAUGGAUUCUGCUUUAGACCAUGUGAACGAAAGAUUGACCAAAAAACAAAGAAAAAGAACCAUGGUUGAUGAACUACUGGCAGAUGCAGAAUUCCAGAAGUAUAAUAAGAAGAAAUACAAGGAAAUUAUUGAUGACAAAAGAAAGUCCGAAUACAGGACAUUUAUGAGGGAUAAGAGACAAAAGAAUAAAGCUGCAUUAAAAAACAAUAAGUUAAAAGCAAAGCAAAGUAAAAAUUAAUUCAAUAAAGCACAAAUAUUUUGAAA